AAAGAAGUGGAAAAGAUUUGGAAAGAAAGAAAAAAAAAACAAGAAGGUGAAAGAGAAAGAAAGAAAAGCAUAUAGUCGGCGCCAUUGUCCCCCCCGCCGACCAAUCACAGCGUUGCUUUCAUCCUCCUACAAAACUCCUCGUUUCUUCCACUCUCCUUCAUAUUCUUAAACCCUCUCAUUUAUUUUCCUCCCCCAAUUUUUCAUAUAUAAAUUCAAUUUUCCUUUCACACUUUCGUACACCCUGCUUCUUCCGAUUCACAUUUUUUCCCCAAUAAUCGGAAGAUUUAGGGUUCUAAUAAUUCUAACCUAGUUUUUGCGUUCUUGAAUUUCUUCUUUGAGUUGAAUUUUUGGUAAAUUAUGAAAGCAUCGUCGGUUGAAGGAUCCAUGGUGGCUGAGAGGAUUGAUGAUGGUGAAAAGGAUAAGAAGAAGAAGCGAAGAUCCAAUCGUCGAACCAAGCAGAAUCUGACGUCUUCUUCAGUGUCUGAAGUAAAUGAAGCUGUUGGGGUGUCUUCAGAAUGCUCAGGAAAAAAUGGAACAACUACUCAAACAUCUGGAUCUGUUGGAAAUUCAACGAAACAGCCGGGUGUUAUUGUUUUGCCCUCUAAUGAGCAAGGGUUAUCUGAAGCUUUGAGUGUUGGAUCUAUUUCAAUGCCUCUUAAUGAUCAGGCGGUGCCUGUUGAUUUGCGAAAGAUGUAUAUACAUGAAGGGGGAGUUGUUUCAAAACCAUUUUCGGAGCCUGGUUGUUGCUUAGGGUCAUCAGGAACUGAUAAAAGGAAAGACUCAGUCCCUUGCCGUCAAAUUGGUGUUACUGGCCAGAGAAAUUAUUUUAGUCCAUACUGGUCUGCUGAGGCUGUUGAGAAGGCAUUGGAUAGGGAUGAUGUUUUCAAAGCUGUCUUUCAUGUGAAUGCUCAUAAUAGACUUGAGGCGUACUGCAGAAUUGAUGGAUUGCCAACAGAUAUUCUCAUUGGUGGGGCUCCAGCCCAGAAUAGAGCUGUUGAAGGCGAUGUUGUUGCCAUAAAGAUUGAUCCUUUGUCAUUGUGGACAAAAAUGAAAGGACCAAAUGUGGCCAACCGCAAUACUGCAGUACUGGAAGAUUGUAACCUUCUUGUCCAAGAUAUUGUAGUGGGUGAUAACAAUUGUAAAGGAGAGGACAAGAUAAAUGUUGAUCAUGAUGACUCUUCUAAUUGUAGAAGCUCUCCUGGUCAAAAAAAGGUGGAAUCUUAUCAUAAUUCUUCCCCUUAUAGAAGUUAUCCAUUUCCUGAAAAAAGAAACAUUUUUGAGGAUAGUAAUACUACACAGGGUUCACCUAACCAUUUAAGUUUAAUUGGACUAACUGGCCGAGAUAACAAUAAUGGACUUCACUGUGAUGCGUCUGCUUCCUUACAGAUUAAAUCUGGUAAUGAACAGAGUGAAGUUAUGAAUGCAGUGGAGAAGAUGUGUUUGUUGGUUAAUUCUUUCCCUUCUAAAAGACCAACAGGCAGAGUGGUUGCUGUUUUUGAGAGGUCUCCACGUAGAGAGUGUAUUGUUGGUCAUCUUCAUGUGAAACAAUUGAUUUUUUCCCGGGACGUAAACAAGAAAGAUGCAAGAAAGAAUAAUAAUUUGGUGUCUGAGCAUGAAUAUAUCCAGCUGACGCCAAUUGAUCCAAAGUUUCCAAACAUAAUGCUUCCUGUUAGAGAUUUACCAAAGAGCAUUAUUGGAAGGCUGAAAAGUGGUGAUGCAGCAAUUGAAAUGGAUUUGGUAGCUGUACAAAUUGAUGAUUGGUUUGAAGAAAGUCCUUUUCCAAAGGGUCAUAUUUUGCAAAUUUUUGGGAGAGGCAGUGAAAUUCAGCCCCAAUUAGAUGCUAUUUUAUUUCAGAAUGGAAUCCGUUUUUCUGAAUUUCCGGCUAUAGCUCUAUCCUGCCUUCCACAAAUUCCUUGGGAGUUACCAUUGAAGGAAUUGCAAAGUCGAGCAGAUCUUAGAAACUUGUGUAUAUUUACUAUUGAUCCUUCAACUGCAACUGAUCUGGAUGAUGCACUGUCAAUUGAGAAGUUGCGUAAUGGAAAUUAUAGAGUAGGCAUCCAUAUUGCUGAUGCAUCAUACUUUGUUCUGCCAGACACAAUUUUAGAUGGUCAUGCUCGGUUUAGGUCAACAAGUGUUUACAUGUUGCAAAAGAAGAUACCAAUGUUACCUGCAUUAAUCUCAGAAAAUAUUGGAUCGCUUAACCCUGGAGUGGAUCGACUUGCAUUUUCCAUGCUCCUGGAUGUAAAUGUUAAUGGAGAUGUUGUAGACCGUUGGAUUGGUCGUACUGUUAUUCAAUCUUGUUGUAAGCUUUCAUAUGAACAUGCACAGGACAUCAUUGACAAUGCUUUUGAUUUUGAGAGUUCAAGCUUUCAAGGAGAUCACUAUCCAAAAGUACAUGGCCAUUUUGAGUGGCCUGAUGUUAUUACUUCUUUGAAAAGUCUCUAUGAAAUUUCAAAAGUUUUGAAACACAAGAGAAUUGCUAGAGGGGCUCUUCGGCUUGAUAACCCCAAAAUUGUUAUCCUGUUUGAUGAGAAUGGCAUCCCAUAUGAUAUUACGUUUUCUGAACAGAAAGAAUCAAAUUUUCUUGUUGAGGAAUAUAUGCUCUUGGCCAAUACAACAGCUGCCGAAUUAAUAUGUAGAGCUUAUUCUGAAGCUGCACUACUGCGGAGGCAUCCUGAACCUAAUAUGCGUAAGCUCAUAGAGUUUACAGCAUUUUGUCAGAAGCAUGGUUUAAAUUUGGACACCUCUUCAUCUGGUCAUAUCCAUCAGUCCUUAGAGCAUAUAAAGGAAAAGCUCAAGGAUGACCCUGUGCUUAAUGAUAUACUUAUUUCCUAUGCUACAAAGCCAAUGCAGUUGGCAUCUUAUUUCUGUAGUGGUUAUUUAAAGGAUAAUGAACAGGAAUGGGGUCAUUAUGCACUUGCUGUUCCUUUAUACACCCAUUUUACAUCACCUUUACGUCGAUAUUCAGAUAUUGUUGUCCAUCGGACACUACUUGCUACGAUAGAGGCCGAGAACCUUUAUUUGAAGAAGAUUGGAAAGGUAGUUGGGGGAAUGAACAGAUGUUUCACAGGCAUCAACUUUGAUAAAAAGGCUGCAGAGUCUCUCGAAUGUAGGGAAGCAUUAUCUGCUGCAGCUUUGAAGCAUAGGGUUCUGAGUGCUGAAGCGCUUGCAGGUAUUGCUGAUCAUUGUAAUGAGAGAAAGAAGGCUAGUAGAAAUGUUAAGGAUGCCUGUGAUAGACUUUACAUAUGGUUUCUCCUGAAGCAGCAAAAGGUCUUAUUAUCAGAAGCAAGAAUAUUGGGACUAGGCCCAAAGUUCAUGUCAAUUUAUAUUCAGAAGCUAGCGGUUGAGAGACGCAUAUAUUAUGAUGAAGUUGAAGGUUUGACUGCUGAGUGGCUUGAGGCAACAUCCACACUGGUACUUAGCAUAUCUCCUAAUAAGCGGGCUUUUAGAAAGGGCAACAAUAAUAAAUGGAAGGCAUUGUCAGAAGCUGUAUUGCUUGCUUGUCCGUAUGACCUGAAAGUUAAGGUGGAUAAUUGCAAUCAAAAUGAAGAAAUGAAAGAGGAUUUUAUUGCAUCUGACAUGAUCAAGCAGCACAUUUCCAGAUCUGACACUGAAAUUGAGCCUUUGUUUUUUCCACUCAUUGUGCAACCUCUUUCAACAAUUCCAGUUGCACUUCAUGCUGUUGGUGGUGAUGCCGGGCCUCUUGAUUUUGGUGUGAGGCUUUACAUGAGCUCUUAUUUUGGGUAACUUGAUUGUUCUGAAAUGGCAGAGAUCUUGGUUGUGACUUAUUAUUUGAUGUGGUGAAUCUGUCAGACUCUCUUAAUAGAAGGACUUGGCUCCAUUGUAGAAUAGUGUAUAGUGACAGACAUAGGUGGGAAACUUACAGUAAAAAAUUGCUAAUGCUUUAUGAAAAAUGUCAAAAGCUGAAAUUUGGAGUAGGUGUUUAGGUAAAAGGUGGAGUUUUCUGUUAUAGGUUUUGUCGUUGUUGCCUAUUACCAUAAGAAUCUCCUUCUUUCUGGAAUUGGCUCUUGUUUUUGUUGGCCUGUUCCAUCUACUUAAUAAGUGCAAUAGUUUUGGUUCUCUCCCAAGAGGCUGAGAUCAAUUUAUAGUUUCUUUCUUGUUUUGGUAUGGCUGGGGCCCAAUGGUGUUUUUGAUUUUGGGUGGCCACUCAUGUACUUAAUUAUAUUCAGUUUUCUAUGACAUUUUGUAUUUCAGUUAUUGGAAUGGAAUAGAGUAAUCUAUUUGUUAUUGUCAA